AUGACUACCUCCAAGCUCUUCAAAAGGCUCUUCAAGCGUCGUGUCAAAGUAGACGUGGGCGACUACAACACCGCAGCAUCCUCCUGCUCCGCACCUUCUUCUUCGGUUUUAGAGACUAUAACACCGCAACAGCUCCUCCUCCAACAAUUCCGCCUUCAAAAGGCUUCACCGCUCCUCUCCCUCCCCGGCGAAAUCCGGAACCAAAUUUAUGCCCUCGCUAUAUACCCCUCUCUCACCACCAUCACUAUCUUUAAGCAUGUCGAAACUGUGCUUUCUUUCCCCAUCUUCCACAUCUGCCAUCAAGUCCGACUUGAAGCGAUUUCGUACCUCUGCUCAAGUAGGGUUAUUUAUUUGAGCGGUUUGAGCAUCGCCAACCAAUUCUUCGAGAUGGUUGGGGAUGGCGUGAAGAGUCUGCGCCAUGUCACGAUCCGCUGCGAAAAGGCUUGGCGUGAGAAAGGAGAGGAGGUGGAUAUCGAGAGGAAUGAGCUCCUGGGUUAUUUGGAGCUUGCGACUGGGCUUCAGCAACUGGAGUUUGUAGUUGGAGAGUAUCCGCUCAGUGUACGAGACGAAACGGGUUUGCAGGAUGUGCAGUCCGUAGGCGCAAAGUUCCUCUACGCUGUCAGAUAUGUUGUCGAUGGAGAGAGUGGAAUACAAGAGGAAAGGGAGACAAAAGAGAGAUUCCUGCGCCUGCGUGAAGAUGUGGGCGCGUUGCAAGCGGUGCGAUUCCUCAACGAUAAGUUGAAGGAGGAACACGAGCAGCGAGCGGAGAAGGUGUUUCGGCUGCGCAAUGUAAUGAGUCUUGAGGAAAGUAUUGGGGAGUUGAAGCUGCCGGUGAGGAUGUGGGAAUAUCUGAGGAAGACUGAGGAAGACAGCAGGAGGACGUGCUAUGAUGGGAGGGAUGACAAGUUUGACUUCUAA